CAGAUCCCACCGUUGUGACCAAAGACCCCCAGUUGUGACCCCUUCAGCAGUAGCUACUCCCAUCCAGUGCUAGUUAUGGACUCCGGUGUGAUUGAAGGAGGACUCAAUGUCACCCUCACCAUUAGAUUGCUGAUGCACGGCAAGGUGAGUGACCUCCCACAGAAGGCGCGACUGAGUGUUAGCCCGCUGAGCUAAAGGCUAGGCAAUGUCACCAUGACCAUUAGAUUGCUGAUGCACGGCAAUGUGUGUGUGACCUCCCACAGCAGGUGACAGUAGGGUGCAACAAAAAUGUUUUGGCCCGCUGAGCUAAAGCCUCUUAGACAUUAGCUCGGGGAGCAAGCACAAGUCUUCAGGUCUCAGACCAGGUCACUCAUUAAGCAUGGUUCACCAAACCACCUCUAUUAAUGGUCCACAUGCCUUUUUCACAUUAUCGGUUGGAAUGAUUAUUCAUUCAUCUGUGUUUCUCUUUUAGGAAGUUGGAAGCAUCAUUGGCAAGAAAGGUGAAUCUGUGAAGAAGAUGAGAGAAGAGGUGAGAAGCACACACACACACACGCAUUUUUGUUUGUGCAGUUGCUGCCGCUGGAAAGUAAAUUUUUCCUGAUCGUCUAAUUUAACAUCUCCUCCCCUGUGGUGUCCAGAGCGGGGCUCGCAUCAACAUCUCAGAGGGGAACUGUCCUGAGAGGAUCAUCACUCUGGCAGGCCCCACCACCGCCAUCUUCAAAGCAUUCUCCAUGAUCAUCGAAAAGCUGGAAGAGGUAACUUGUGGUAACACUGUCCUGGAUUGGACAGAUUGUUCAUUUUGUCAUUAUGGCAUCUGUAUGAAAUAUGAUGUUGCUACAUCUCAGUCCAGCCAAGGCGCAGGAUAGAUGAACAGACUGGAGACGUGUUCAGCUGCUCUUAAAUAAAUUUAUUUAUUUAACAAUACCUCCGUUUUUUUUUCUUUCAAGUUUUAGUUGUCCUCAGAGUGACUGAACACCUACACAUCCAUCUACUAUUGUGGUUUAAAAGUGGAGCUGGAGAGUAAGUAAUAACUUUAUGAAUCUCCCCUUUUGUCUCCCAGGAUAUCAGCAGCUCCAUGACGAACAGCACGGCCACCAGCAAGCCCCCGGUCACCCUACGCAUCGUGGUGCCAGCCAGCCAGUGUGGUUCCCUGAUCGGCAAGGGAGGCUGUAAGAUCAAAGAAAUCAGAGAGGUUGGUGGAAGACCAUGAACGAUUAUGUAGAAUGGAAUCCAACUAAUGACCCCCUGAUACGUCACUUGAAACUCAAUCAAUAUAGAAUCUCAGACAUCUCAAUUUAAAAAAAAUCAUAGUACAUUGUAAUGAAAUUAUCAACACCAUACAUAAAAUGUAUUUGUAUAAUACAUUUUUAAAGAUAUAUUAAAGCAAUCGAAAACAGAUAUAAUAGCUAAAUGUUUUCAUUGUUAUGAGAACCAUACACUGCCUGGCAGAGGCUUUGGUAUUUAGGGAUUCGAUUCAUUCUCCCAGAAACAGUAACACCGGUGGGUGGAGGGAGGGGUGGGUGGAGGUCUACUCUUUAGAAGCGAUCAGUAACAUAACAACAAAGUCUGGGGAAAAGGAUUUAAAAACUUGGUGGUGAAAAGGCAAAAAAAUCAAUAAGACAAUUUUGUUGAACUUACAAGGCUAUUUGCACAUUGUAGCAACUGAAGUCGACCAGUCAACCUGCAUCUGUCUCUCUCUCUCUCUGUCCUCUCCAGUCGACAGGCGCUCAGGUUCAGGUGGCAGGAGACAUGCUUCCUAACUCAACAGAACGGGCCAUCACCAUCGCAGGGACCCCCCAGUCCAUUAUCGAGUGUGUCAAGCAGAUCUGCGUGGUUAUGCUCGAGGUAAGUGUAAGUACUAUCCUCAGAUCAUUCAUCUAUUUAAUUCAUCAUAAAUAUACAUUUUCUUAAUUGAGAAAUGACCCUUGCAUUCUCUUUGGUAAUAGUAUCUCUUGUUCAAUUCUACAAAAGGGUUUGUUGAAUUAAACCCAUUCUCCUUCUCUCCUCCCCUCUUGUGUGUCCUACAGUCUCCCCCUAAGGGGGUCACCAUCCCAUACCGACCCAAACCUUCAGGAUCCCCUGUCAUCUUCGCAGGAGGACAGGUAUGUUUGCAAAAAAUUUUUAUUCAGGAGAUCAUUUGAUCAACCUACCGGGGCUUGAAAGGCGAUUGGGGGGUUGCUGGGAGAAUAAAAUGACGUGUAGUUGAUCUAUCAUCUGUCCUUUUUAUAUUUUUACUGGGAAAUUACAAGUUCAACAAAAUUGUCUUAUUGAUUUUUUGCCUUUUCACCACCAAGUUUAAUCCUUUUCCCCAGACUUUGUUGUUAUGUUACUGAUGGGAUCUAAAGAGUAGACCUCCCUCCACCCACCCACCAUCCCUCCCUCCACCAUCCCACCCUCCACCCACCCAAUCCCACCCUCCCUCCACCCACCCACCCACCCUGUUUUCUGUGUUUUCAAUUGCUUUAAUAUCUCUUGAAAAUGUAUCUUUCCAGAUAAUGUGGAUACUUUGUACAAGAAUACAACUUCCAAAUGUAGUUAUAAAGAGAGUUCAGAGGUGGUCGUGGUAGUAUGAGUGUUUCCCAAAUGGCACCUUAUUCCCUUUAUAGUGCACUACUUUAGACCAGGGGUUGUGGUCACAAGUAGUGCACUGAAGUGAAUAGGCUGCCAUUUGGGACGUGGCCUGUGUGUGUAGAAGCACAAGCGGCUCUUGUGGCUGUGAGUCGAGAUGUUGAUGGGAUGCCUAUGAACACUUUGUUGUUGUUUCAGGCGUACGCCGUUCAAGGACAACAUGCCAUACCCCAGCCAGAUGUAAGUGAUGUUCUGUUGUCACCUUUCCAUUGCUGCUUCCGGUGUUCCUAUCCUCUCUGACCUACCAUGCCUUCUCUACGCUCACUGUGCUUCAAUAUGCUCCCUAUCCUACCAACCCUUCUCCACCCUACAAUACCUGUCCUCCCUACCAACCCUUCUCUACCCUACAAUACCUGUCCUCCCUACCAACCCUUCUCUACCCUACAAUACCUGUCCUCCCUACCAACCCUUCUCUACCCUACAAUACCUGUCCUCCCUACCAACCCUUCUCUAACCCUACAAUACCUCCCUACCAACCUGUCCCCCUCCCCUACCAACCCUUCUCUACCCUACAAUACCUGUCCUCCCUACCAACCCUUCUCUACCCUACAAUACCUGUCCUCCCUACCAACCCUUCUCUACCCUACAAUACCUGUCCUCCCUACCAACCCUUCUCUACCCUACAAUACCUGUCCUCCCUACCAACCCUUCUCUACCCUUACAAACCUGCUACCCUACUACCUUCCUCCCUACCAAUACCCUUCUCUCACCCUACAAUACCUAUCCUCCCUACCAACCCUUCUCUACAAUACCUAUCCUCCCUACCAACCCGUCUCUACCCUAUAAUACCUGUCCUCCCUACCAACCCUUCUCUACCCUACAAUACCUGUCCUCCCUACCAACCCUUCUCUACCCUACAAUACAUGUCCUCCCUACCAACCCUUCUCUACCCAUACAAUACCUGUCCUCCCUACCAACCCUUCUCUAACCCUACAAUCACCUAUCCUCCCUACCAACCCUUCUCUACCUACAAUACCUAUCCUCCCUACCAACCCUUCUCUACCCUAUAAUACCUGUCCUCCCUACCAACCCGUUCUCUACCCUAUAAUACCUGUCCUCCCUACCAACCCUUCCUCUACCCUACAAUACCUGUCCUCCCUACCAACCCUUCUCUAACCCUACAAUACCUGUCCUCCCUACCAACCCUUCUCUACCAUACAAUACCUGUCCUCCCUACCAACCCUUCUCUACCCUACAAUACCUAUCCUCCCUACCAACCCUUCUCUACAAUACCUGUCCUCCCUACCAACCCUUCUCUACCCUACAAUACCUGUCCUCCCUACCAACCCUUCUCUACAAUACCCCUCCCUACCAACCCUUCUCUCUACAAUACCUGUCCUCCCUACCAACCCUCUACCUCUACCCUACAAUACCUGUCCUCCCUACCAACCCUUCUCUACAUACCUGUCCUCCCUACCAACCCUUCUCUACAAUACCUGUCCUCCCUACCAACCCUCUCUCAUACCCCUACCAUACCUUCCUCCCUACCACCACCCUUCUCUACCCUACAAUACCUAUCCUCCCUACCAACCCUUCUCUACAAUACCUGUCCUCCCUACCAACCCUUCUCUACCCUACAAUACCUGUCCUCCCUACCAACCCUUCUCUACAAUACCUAUCCUCCCUACCAACCCUUCUCUACCCUACAAUACCUUCCUCCCUACCAACCCUCUUACCUACAAUACCUGUCCUCCCUACCAACCCUUCUCUACCCCCUACAAUACCUAUCCUCCCUACCAACCCUUCUCUACCACAUACCUGUCCUCCCUACCAACCCUUCUCUACAAUACAUCCUCCCUACCACCCUUCUCUACCCUACAAUACCUGUCCUCCCUACCAACCCUUCUCUCCUACAAUACCUGUCCUCCCUACCAACCCUUCUCUACAAAUCCCUACAAUACCUGUCCUCCCUACCAACCCUUCUACUACAAUACCUAUCCUCCCUACCAACCCUUCUCUACCCAAUACCUGUCCUCCCUACCAACCCUUCCUACCCUACAAUACCUGUCCUCCCUACCAACCCUUCUCUACAAUACCUGUCCUCCCUACCAACCCUUCUCUACCCUACAAUACCUGUCCUCCCUACCAACCCUUCUCUACAAUACCUAUCCUCCCUACCAACCCUUCUCUACCAAAUACCUGUCCUCCCUACCAACCAUUCUCUACAAUACCACUAAUCCGCCCUAACCAACCCUUCUCUACAAUACCUAUCCUCCCUACCAACCCUUCUCUACCCUACAAUACCUAUCCUCCCUACCAACCCUUUUCUACCCUACAAUACCUAUCCUCCCUACCAACCCUUUCUAACCCUACAAUACCUGUCCUCCCUACCAACCUUCUCUACCCUACAAUACCUGUCCUCCCUACCCAACCCUUCUCUACAAUACCUAUCCUCCCUACCAACCCUUCUCUACCCUACAAUACCUGUCCUCCCUACCAACCCUUCUCUACAAUACCUGUCCUCCCUACCAACCCUUCUCUACAAUACCUGUCCUCCCUACCAACCCUUCUCUACAAUACCUAUCCUCCCUACCAACCCUUCUCUACCCUACAAUACCUGUCCUCCCUACCAACCCUUCUCUACAAUACCUAUCCUCCCUACCAACCAUUCUCUACAAUACCUGUCCUCCCUACCAACCCUUCUCUACAAUACCUAUCCUCCCUACCAACCCUUCUCUACCCUACAAUACCUAUCCUCCCUACCAACCCUUUCUACCCUACAAUACCUAUCCUCCCUACCAACCCUUUUCUACCCUACAAUACCUGUCCUCCCUACCAACCCUUCUCUACCCUACAAUACCUGUCCUCCCUACCAACCCUUCUCUACAAUACCUAUCCUCCCUACCAACCCUUCUCUACCCUACAAUACCUGUCCUCCCUACCAACCCUUCUCUACAAUACCUGUCCUCCCUACCAACCCUUCUCUACAAUACCUGUCCUCCCUACCAACCCUUCUCUACAAUACCUAUCCUCCCUACCAACCCUUCUCUACCCUACAAUACCUGUCCUCCCUACCAACCCUUCUCUACAAUACCUAUCCUCCCUACCAACCCUUCUCUACAAUACCUGUCCUCCCUACCAACCCUUCUCUACAAUACCUAUCCUCCCUACCAACCCUUCUCUACAAUACCUAUCCUCCCUACCAACCCUUCUCUACCCUACAAUACCUAUCCUCCCUACCAACCCUUCUCUACAAUACCUGUCCUCCCUACCAUCAAGUGUAUUAACAGUUUGCUGUAUAUUAACAGUUGUCUAGUGAAUUAACAGGUUGCUGGUGCAUUAACAACUCACAUCCUCAGCAUAUCACUAUGGGUUUAGGAUUGAGGUGUUAGUUUAGGAUAAGCCUUGUAUUACUGUCUCAGUGAUACUGUGUUGAUUAUACCAUGGCCCUGGUUGGUUUUGGUAGGGGCCACGAGAGAUCUCCUACUACAUACGUAGUGUCCUAUCCAUCUGCCAGAAGACUGCAAGCAAACAUUCCAAACUGAGUCCGAGUUCUCCUGAGCUACAGUGGAAAGACCAUGGGGGUAUAAAUGAAUAAAACGAAGAAUGAUUCCACAAGCCACACCACAAUGGUCCAUUUUAGAGCAAUAGUUUUAGGAGAAGACGGGCUAACUGGUCAAGACAACUGGGUCUUGUUCAUUAGCGCAUGCCGGUGCAUUGCAACAGAAAAGGUUUUACCAAUCGUAAAAUGAGCAUUUCUUAGUCCCUCCCUGUUUCCAUUUGGUUCCUAAAGGACACGACUCCAACUGCUAUUAUGCGUGUCUGAAUGGUGAAUGAAAUGGUUUCGGUACUGUACUGACCAUGCUUCUUUUACCGUCUCUUUCCUUUUCCGUCCCCCCCCCCCCCCCCCCCCCCCCCCCCCCCCCCCUCUUGCUCUCACAGUCUUCCUCUGCCUCCAUCUCUCCACAGCUCACCAAGCUACACCAGCUAGCAAUGCAGCAGAGUCCCUUUCCCAUGGCCCCCAACAACCAGGGCUUCCAAGGUACUAGGGACUUAACCAUACAAUCCUUUUUAAAGAAAGAAAAAGAUAAAAGGUUCUUGAAACCGCUGCGCUCAGAACUGGUGUGUGGACCAAAAUGAGAUCAGUCGUAGGUUUCACUCAGUUAUUUGCUGUUUUUAAAAUUUUAAAAUUUUUAAUUCAUUCAUUGAGACAACAGGUGUGAAAGACAAAUGUUUUGGCUGUUAGGCCAUCGCUAGUGUGUCACACUGAUAAAAAAAAAGGAAUCCUUGACAAAAACAUUUUGUUGUAAUGAACAUGCCACCUCAAUAAUGGUGUUUAAAUAUAAUGAAUAUGUUCCUCUUGGUCCUGGUUGUUUAUUUAUACAUAUUUGUAUUUUUGUGUUGUUGAUUUAGGAGGGAUGGAUGCCUCUGCCCAAACUAGCUCCCAUGAGAUGACCAUUCCAAAUGAUGUAAGUAUUUCCACAGUGAUGACUCUGACCCUUCCCAUUUCCAUCAAGUGAUUGGACAGUUCACACUAUCAAAUCAAAUCCACUCUAGUUGGUUGGCUUAAUUGACUUCCUGGUUCUCUCUCCCCUAGUUGAUUGGCUGCAUCAUCGGUCGCCAGGGUUCUAAGAUCAAUGAGAUCCGGCAGAUGUCGGGUGCCCAGAUAAAGAUAGCCAACCCCGUGGAGGGCUCCGCGGACAGACAGGUCACCAUCACUGGUUCCGCCGCCUCCAUCAGCCUGGCAGAGUACCUCAUCAACGCCAGGUCAGACACAACAUCACAGUUACAACAAGCUUUUUAA